AUGGAGGCCAUCAAGCAGACUUUUGCGCGCUGCAAGGCGCAGAAUAGGGCUGCGCUGGUCACCUAUGUCACCGCCGGCUUCCCCAAGCCCGAGCACACGCCCAACAUCCUGCUUGCCAUGGAGAAGGGUGGCGCAGAUGUCAUCGAGCUCGGCGUGCCGUUUACUGACCCAAUCGCCGAUGGUCCGACGAUUCAGACUGCGAACACCAUUGCCCUUCAAAAUGGAGUCACGAUCCCGUCGACCCUCCAGAUGGUCCGCGACGCCCGCAAGCUGGGCCUGCGCGCCCCAAUCCUGCUCAUGGGAUACUACAACCCGCUGCUGAGCUACGGCGAGGAGCGCCUGAUGAAGGACUGCCGCGAGGCCGGUGUCAACGGCUUCAUCAUUGUGGAUUUGCCGCCCGAGGAGGCUGUUUCGUUUAGGAGGCUUUGCUCUCGUGGGGGUCUUUCGUAUGUGCCGCUUAUUGCGCCCGCUACCUCUGACGCCCGCAUGCGCAUCCUCUGCCAGCUGGCCGACUCCUUCAUCUACGUCGUCUCUCGCCAGGGCGUGACCGGCGCCAGUGGCACCCUGAACGCUCACCUCCCGGAACUGUUGUCGCGGGUCAAGAAGUAUAGCGGCGACAAGCCCGCGGCCGUGGGCUUCGGUGUCAGCACCCGCGACCACUUUGUGUCUGUCUCCCAGAUCGCGGAUGGCGUCGUGGUUGGCAGCAUGAUCGUGUCUACGCUGAAAAACGCUGCCCCAGGCAAGGAGUGCCAGGAUGUGCAGGAUUUCUGCGCUUACCUCUGCGGGCGCACAACCAGCGACGAGGACGAAGCCACCCGCGAGGUGGGCAUCAUUGAGGCCAUCUCAGGCGCCACAGAGCCCGAGCGCGAGGCCACCGUUGAUGGCGUUGUCACGGACUCGGAUGAUCAGGAUGGUCUUGUUGCCGAGCUCGCGGCUAUGCAUAACAAGAUAUCGGAUCGCUUUGGCGAGUUCGGCGGACAGUACGUCCCUGAGUCAUUGAUGGAUUGCCUGACGGAGCUCGAGGAGGGCUUCAACAAGAUCAAAGACGACCCUGGCUUCUGGGAGGAAUACCGCUCGUACUACCCCUGGAUGGGUCGUCCCGGCCACCUGCACAAGGCAGAGCGGCUCACCGAGUACGCCGGCGGUGCGAACAUCUGGCUGAAGCGCGAGGAUCUCAACCACACGGGAUCCCAUAAAAUCAACAACGCACUGGGCCAGCUCCUCCUCGCCAGACGGCUCGGCAAGACCAAGAUCAUCGCCGAGACGGGUGCGGGCCAGCACGGCGUCGCGACAGCCACCGUCUGCGCCAAAUUCGGCAUGGACUGCACCGUCUACAUGGGCGCCGAGGAUGUUCGCCGGCAGGCGCUCAACGUCUUCCGCAUGAAGCUGCUCGGGGCCAAGGUAGUCGCCGUCGAGGCCGGCAGCCGCACGCUCCGCGACGCGGUCAACGAAGCCAUGCGUGCGUGGGUCGUUAAUGUCGAGGACACGCACUACAUCAUUGGCUCCGCCAUCGGCCCGCACCCGUUCCCGACCAUUGUCCGCACGUUCCAGUCCGUCAUUGGCAACGAGACCAAGGCCCAGAUGCUCGAGAAGCGUGGCAAACUUCCCGACGCCGUCGUCGCCUGUGUCGGGGGCGGUAGCAACGCUGUCGGCAUGUUUUAUCCGUUUAGCAACGAGCCGAGCGUGAAGCUGCUUGGUGUGGAGGCCGGCGGUGAUGGUAUCGACACUGCGCGCCACAGUGCGACGCUUACUGCGGGAUCAAAGGGUGUGCUCCAUGGUGUGCGCACAUAUAUUCUGCAGAAUGAGCAUGGCCAGAUUGAUGACACCCACUCGGUCUCGGCCGGCUUGGAUUAUCCCGGUGUCGGACCGGAGUUGUCGCACUGGAAGGACACGCAGCGUGCCAAGUUCAUUGCUGCUACGGAUGCGCAGGCGUUUAUUGGUUUCAAGCUGAUGACGCAGCUGGAGGGCAUCAUCCCCGCGCUCGAGUCGUCGCAUGGUAUCUACGGGGCCAUUGAGCUGGCCAAGACGAUGAAGAAGGACGAGGAUCUUGUCAUUUGCCUGAGCGGUCGUGGUGAUAAGGAUGUGCAGAGCGUGGCGGAUGAGCUGCCUAUCCUUGGGCCCAAGAUCGGUUGGGACCUUCGCUUCUAG